AUGGUUCUUGAAAACAAGAAAAUACCCACAGCUAGAAAGCAAGAUAGUAACAAAUUUAGCCCAUUUGUCUUCAAAUCUGGUGAAGAAACCAGCAGCAGCAGUAGCAAUAUGCCUUUAGUUGUUUCUGAGGUUGAUGAAUCAGUUGUGCCUCUCUCUUCUUAUGCACCCAUUGUGUCUUCUUACAAUGAAAGAAUCAGACCCCUCUUGGAUGCUGUUGACAAGCUCAGAAACUUGAAGGUCAUGCAAGAGGGGAUUCAGCUCCCCACAAUUGUUGUAGUCGGUGACCAGUCUUCUGGCAAGUCCAGUGUUCUUGAAUCCCUGGCUGGGAUCAGCUUGCCACGUGGUCAGGGGAUUUGUACCAGGGUUCCUCUGAUAAUGAGGCUGCAUCAUCACACCAAGGCUGAGUCAGAGCUUCAUCUGGAGUAUAGUGGCAAAGUGGUCUCUACUGAUGAGAUGCAUGUGGCAGAGGCUAUAAACAUGGCCACUGAAGAGAUUGCUGGGAAUGGAAAAGGGAUAUCUCAUACAGCUUUGACACUUGUUGUCAAGAAGAAUGGAGUUCCUGAUCUCACCAUGGUUGAUUUGCCUGGUAUCACCCGAGUUCCGGUGCAUGGGCAACCGGAAAAUAUAUAUGAGCAAAUUUCUGGUAUAAUAAUGGAGUAUAUUAAACCGGAAGAAAGCAUAAUACUGAAUGUUCUAUCAGCAACUGUUGAUUUUCCGACGUGUGAGUCUAUAAGGAUGUCACAGUCUGUUGACAAAAAUGGGGAGCGGACACUGGCUGUGGUUACAAAGUCAGAUAAAGCUCCGGAGGGGCUUCUUGAGAAAGUGAUGGCUGAUGAUGUAAAUAUUGGGCUGGGAUACGUUUGUGUGAGGAACCGUAUAGGUGAUGAAACUUAUGAAGAAGCCAAAAUGGAAGAGAGUAUCCUGUUUGAAUCUCACCCACUGCUUUCCAAAAUUGAUAAGUCUAUGGUUGGUAUCCCUGUUCUAGCUAGAAAGCUUGUGCAAAUUCAAGCAACUAUUAUUUCUAAGUGUUUGCCAGAGAUUGUCAAGAAGAUCAACGCGAAGUUAAAUGGCAAUAUUUUGGAGCUAAAUAAGUUGCCCCAGAAACUUUCUACUAUCGCAGAAGCAAUGACUGUUUUCAUGAGGAUAUUGGGAUUUUCAAAAGAGUCCUUAAAGAAGGUUCUUGUAAGAGGUGAAUUCGAGGAAUAUGCUGACAACAAAAAUAUGCAUUGCACUGCUCGUCUAGCUGAAAUGCUAGACAAAUUCUCCCAGGAACUGAAAAGCAGUUCUGAAAAGCUCAGCAAUGAGAAGUUUUUACUAGAUGAGAUAUUUGUUCUUGAGGAAACAAAGAGCGUUGCACUGCCUAAUUUCCUUCCUCGAUCUGCAUUUGUCUCACUUCUGCAAGUAGAGGUAAAAAAGAUUUCAAAAAUACCUGUAAACUUCGUGGCUGAAGUCUGGGACUACAUUAAGACGGUGGUGGAAGAGAUAAUGAUGCAUCACUGUGAAAACUAUCCUCAAGUACAAUCUUCUAUCAAACGAGCUGUCUCGAAUCAAAUUAAUAAAUUGAAAGACCAGUCAACAUCUCGGGUGAUGGAAAUUAUAGAGAUGGAGGAAAUUGCAGAUUACACAUGUGACCCAGAGUACAUGGCAGUGUGGAGUAAGUUCAUGACCUCACGCGAUGCAUUCAAAGCGGGUUUUAGUGAUGGUCAUUCGACGGUAGUGAAAAUUGAAGGUUUUGGCGAAAUUGAUGUUGGCCAUUUGAGGGAUCAUCCGGGUGUUAGAGACGAAGCCUUUGACUUGAAAAUGAGGCUAACUGCUUACUGGAACAUCGUUCUGAAAAGAAUGGUGGACUCGAUUGCACUUCACUUGCUUCUGGCUUUAAAGAAGUUGGUUAACCAGGGCAUGGAAGAAGAGAUCGUAAAGGCGGUUUUGAAUCAAAGUGGUGGCAUUGAGCGCUUGCUGGAUGAAGCGCCUUUGGUUGCUACAAAGAGGGCAAGACUGAAUCAGAGCCUUAGUUUACUUGAGGAAUCAAGAGAUGUUUUAGCCAAAAUCAUCGAUAGAGUUGCUAUCGCUAAUGAAUAGACUCUGCUCCUAGGUAAUCCUUGUGGCCAGUUGUUUUGUGAUUGCAGUGAAUCUGCUUCAAACUUCCUUUUGUCUUUUAAAACUAUAACUUCCUCUUGUCUUGCAGAACUGCAUUGUAUAUCAUCUUUAAAUCAGUUGUUAAUAUUGGUUACU